AUGGGAAAAUUAGAGUUACUUACUGAUCAGAGAACUCACAUGGAGGAGAAGCCGUUUUCCUGUCCUGAGUGUGGGAAAUGUUUUGUAAAUAAAUCAGAUCUUGUCACACAUCAGAAGUCUCACAUGGGGGAGAAGCCGUAUUCCUGUUCUGAGUGCUGGAAAUCUUUUUUACAAAAAUCUGCACUUGUCACACAUCAGAGAUGUCACACAGGGGAGAAGCCGUUUUCCUGUCCUGAGUGUGAAAAAUGUUUUUCAAAUAAGUCCGGUCUUAAUCAUCAUCGGAAAUUGCACACAGAUGAGAAACGUUAUUCCUGUAAUGAGUGUGGGAAAUGUUUUACACAGAAGUCCCAUUUGCGUAGUCAUCAGAGAUCACACACAGGUGAUAAGCCGUAUUCCUGUUCCGAGUGCUGGAAAUCUUUUGUACAAAAGUCGGAACUUGUCAGACAUCAGAGAUGUCACACGGGGGAGAAGCCGUUUUCCUGUCCUGAGUGUGGAAAAUGUUUUUCAGAUAAGUCCAAUCUUUCUAAUCAUCGGAGAUUGCACACACCUGAGAAACCUUUUUCCUGUAAGGAGUGUGGGAAAUGCUUUACACAGAAGUCCAGUUUUCAUAAUCAUCAGAGAUCACACACAGGUGAGAAGCCGUAUUCUUGUUCUGAGUGCGGGAAAUGUUUUGCACUAAAAUCAGUACUUGUCUCACAUCAGAUGUCUCACACAGAGGAAAAGCCGCAUUCCUGUCCUGAGUGUGGGAAAUGUUUUUCACAGAAGUCCAAUCUUUACAGACAUCAGAGAUCUCACAAGGGGGAAAAGCCCUAUUCUUGUCCAGACUGUGGAAAACGUUUUCCGGAAAGAUGCCAUCUUCGUAAUCAUCAGAGAUUGCACACAGGUGAAAACCUGUAUUCCUGUUCUGAGUGCGGGAAAUAUUUUACACGAAAAGCAGAACUUGUCAUACAUCAGAGAUCUCACACGAAGGAAAAGCCGUAUUCCUGUCCUGAGUGUGGAAAAUCUUUUUCACAGAUAUGCCAUCUUUCCAGACAUAAGAAAUCUCACACAGGGGAAAAGCCUUACUCCUGUCCUGAGUGCAAAAAAUGUUUUUCAGAAAGGUGCCAUCUUCGUAAUCAUCAGAGAUUGCACACAGGCGAGAAGCCGUAUUCCUGUUUUGAAUGUGGGAAAUGUUUUGCACAACAAUCAGUACUUGUCUCACAUCAGCGAUCUCACACGGGGGAAAAGCCUUAUCCCUGUCCUGAGUGUGGAAAAUGUUUUUCACAGAAGUCCCAUCUUUCCAAACAUCAGAGAUCUCACAUGAGGAAGAAGUUACUUUCCGGUCCUAAAUGAGGGAAAUGUUACUCCUAUACAUCAGGGAUCCCGCACAAACCUUGAGGUGUAUUAGUGACUUGAGUGCGGGAAAUGUCUUCUUUAUGAAUUUUGCUGAGCAUCACAGCUCUCAUGUGGCUUCCCCACACCCUGAUAUACACCUCAGAUAUAAUCCAUGGCUGAUUUUCAUCAUGUAAAAAAAGGUUAAUAAGGAGAUCAGAGAUCACCAAAGACACGGAUAACGUGUUGGCAGUAGCAAGAUAAAAAUGGAGUCCUAUUGAGCUAAACAAAUGUAACCAGCUUUUGCUCAGCUGUGACAAUUUUUUGUCAUCUCUUAUUUCAUACAGUGAUUUUCUAUGAUAUUUGGCUCCAUCUGUGGCCAUGAUGCGGUAUUGCUUUAUUUUUCCUGAUGGAGGUUUUUUAGGAAAAAAAUCUCAUUAUGAUUACCAGAUGGAGCUGACCAUCAUAGAAAAGCACUGUGUCAAUUAAAUAAUGUCUAGAAUUCAUCACGGUUGGACAAUGCUUAUCGAAUUCUCCUAGAAAAAAAUAAAUAAUUUAUCACCCCAUUAGUUUACAAUGUCAGGCAUGGUUUCAUACUAAUAACUGAGAUCAUAUUCAUAUGGACAGAAUUCUCAAAUCCUGGAUCUUUCUAAGAACUGGACUGUGAGUGGAGCUUGAUUACUCCCCCAGCUGUGGAUAGUGGCUGUUAGCCCUGAACAUGUUAAAGAUUGUUUGUGGUUCUCAACUGCAAGGGUGUUAGUAAGCUCUGUUUCACUUUAAACUGUUCUGUUGGCAUACAUUUGUUUUUUUGGCUGUUGGGUAGAGAUGGUGUCUCGGAAAGAUAUGUUGGUGGGUCAUGUGGAUCAGUAAACUGAGCAGCUGGAGCUGAUGGUGGACACAAGAUUGUGGCUUGUCCACAGAGGCUGCUUCGCUCUGGGGAAUGUGGACGGAGCUGAGUGGAUGUGCUUAGUAUGUGCCAAUUGUAAAAGACCAAUGAUGCUGGAACGUAGGUUCACUGUAGUGAACAUCUAGGGGACUUGCUGCCAAACACCUUGGUGCCUACUAGUUAUGUUGUGGAGUGGCUUACCAGUUACUGCAUGGAAGUGGCAGAGUUAUUUCAAUGAGGUGGAGCACACAAUUGAGAAGCCAGAAAUAGCGGUGGUCCCAGUGGCCUGUACAGCAGAGCAGCCAGAAGAUGUCAAGCAGCCAGGUGAGUUUGCUGGGGAGGAGGAGGAGUCAGACCCUGAGUCCCCAAAGUUCGCCAAGGAAGAUAGUGAUGAUGAUGUGACUGGGAUUUGCCCAAGAAGUCCCAAACAGACUAGUCCUG